AGCGUUGGUUGGUGCAAAAACAAAACUCAAUCUAUCACAGAAGAGGUUCUACAAUGUCAUAUUGAAGCUUAUUUAUGAAUUUAAAAAUAAUGCUAAUCUUUACAUGAGAAGUGAACAAAACUACAGUAUAGAAGUGAGUUAUUGCAUUAUUGGAAACGUUUCCCUCUGCAUCAACACGCCAGGCACUGAAAAGCACUACAACCACACACCAGCAGAGGGCAGGGAGGCCUGAAUCCGGCGCCACUGGGUUUACAGGAAUGAAGAUUUCUUGCUGCUCUGGAUGAUCCUCGGUGAUUGUGGGCAGUGUAGUACCAGCUGCAGUGUCAUUCAUAUCAAGGAGUGAGCGGCUUUGCUCUGCUUAACAAGACACAAAGAACACAACAGAAAAGAAACAGCACCACAGUAAAAGUCAGUGGAGGCACUGGCCGUUAUUCUCACGAGAGAGUUUCUCCCGAGCUAACUUUUACGUUGCUGCUCGGGUUGCUAGGACAGGGUCAAUGGUGCUGGAGCUUGUACGCCAUGUGUUUCACGUCAAAUUGAAUCGCUUUCAUCAGCAGAACCGCGUGUGUGCCUCAGGGUAUAACACGUGUUGUAAGGGUUAGUUUGCACAAAGAAAAUAAAGACAUAAAGAAAACGCCUAUGCCUAACGACACCUUGUCACGACUCCCGGUAUAUUUCAUUGUGCAUACAAUAUAAAAAGAGCACGGGUAAAUAAAAAUAAUAAUAAUAAUACAAGCAAAAUAGCUGGUCUCCUCCCCAAUUACGCCAAAGCGAACAAGAGCUAAUUAACAAGGAAUAGCAGAGCGAGACCCGGGGCUGACGCGGUUAUUUGUUUAGUUCGUUGGUUUUCAGUGCGUGCAAACUGAAUAUUUUACGUUAUCUGUGCCUGUUUUGAUUGUUCGUGUGUAAGUUUGAACGCGUACGAUGAUGUCAGCGGAGGACCUGGAGUUGCGUCAGAAGCAGGAGGCGGAGCUUAGUGCCCUCAACAAGGAAUUCCUUGCAGACCUGCCGUUUGUCAACAUCCCAGACCUGCGUGGCAAACUGGAGAGACUGAAAUGGAAGUUCAUUGAGCACGACCCCCAACACAGUGGUCAGAUCGACCUGCUGGCUUUGGGAUGCGCGGUGCAGGAGUUGGGGUCACCCAGAACGCAGGCGGAGUUCACAGCGCUGGUGCAGGAGCUCACAGGGAACCACGGCAACAACAUCCCAUACCGCGACUUCGUCAUGGUGAUGCUGGGCCGCCACUCCUCCAUGUGUGCGCGGAUGAUGCGCUACAGUGGUGUCGGCUGUGUGGAGGUUAAGAAGCCUUGUUUGGUCUUGGCCGGACUCCCCCUGGGCUCUCCUGUAAAUGCGCUGCCCUCCCCUCUCUCCCUCCUGCCCCCUCCCCCGCCCCCCUCCCCUGCUGACGGGGCCAUCCCAGUGUUCCCCCCCGCCUGAGCCCCGAGGAGGUCGGGUGAGCACCACUGUGCCUGUCUAAAUAUGGAAGAUCUGUAAAUGCAAAAUAAAGAGGUUGUGUUUUUUGUACAGA